AUGCUGGUCUCAAAUGCAUGGCCCAUGGCGGAUACCACCAACUCGAUUACGGGCAGUCCUGGCAAUCGCAUGGCCGACCUACCAAGCACUCCUGACAAGAGGCCAGGAAGUAAGUGCUUCGAUACCAUAGUCCGCAUCAAGGUUGGCAAGGGCGAUGCGCAAGAAGUCUUCGAGGUGUACAAAGGCCUGCUGAAAUUCUAUUCUGGGUAUUUCCGCGCCGCAAUUGACAACAUGGAGGCGGGCAGGUUCUUGCAGUCUGAGGAGAACACCAUCACGCUGCCAGACGAAGACCCUUCUCUGUUCGAACGCUUCAAGUCAUGGCUCUUCAUCCGCGAGUUCAAUCUCGACAGCACCAGCUGUUCUCAGCUGCUCACCCUUUGGUGUUUUGGUGAUCGUCGUCAAAUACCGUUGCUACAAAACCACGUCAUCGAUGUAUUGUAUAAACAAAUGGUCGACCUACAUUACCAGCCCAGAGCUCAUUAUUCUCUGAUCUACGAGAACACCUGCGAAGGCUCGCCCCUUCGAAAAUUCCUGAUCUACUCGCACGCACGCCGCUACGACCGGGCAGGGUCCGCAUUCAAAGAGACUGAAAUGUGGACUUACGAGAUUCUGUUGGACCUUGGAAAAGAGCUGAUAUCAAGGCCCGCCAAGAUGAGCAGGGAGGCUUUUGCUAAGAUCGACAUGUGCGAAUUUCACGUUCACGAGGAGAAUAUAGGCACGGACUGGAGAGAGCAAACAGAAUGGUGGAUUGUCAGAGCUUUUGCAUUCGCCGUCAUUUCUGCUUUAUUACCACGAAGGGAAGAGUUCAAGAUCUACAAAGGCUUGCUCAAGCUCUCCUCUUGGUCCUUCAAGGCCGCGGUCGACAAUCUGGACACUGGCACAUUUGCACAACCGGAGCCCAAUACCAUCAUACUGCAAGACGAGGAUCCUUCGAUCUUCAUGGCUUUCAAUUCGUGGCUUUAA